AUGGCUAAAGUCGCCGCGGCCCGUUAUGGCAAGGACAACAUCCGCCUGUACAAGGUCGAGAAGGAUGAAGCCACCAAGACACACACCGUCUACGAGAUGACAGUGCGUGUGCUGUUGGAGGGAGACAUUCAGACCUCCUACACACAAGCAGACAACAGCGUCGUUGUCGCAACCGACUCGAUGAAGAACACCACCUACAUCAUGGCAAAGAAGAACCCAGUCCACCCUCCGGAGUUGUUUGCUUCUAUCCUGGGCACCCACUUCAUUGAAAAAUACAAGCAUAUCCACACCGCACACAUCGACAUCAUCCAACAUCGCUGGACCAGAAUGACGAUUGACGGGAAGCCGCACCCUCAUUCUUUCUACAGAGAUGGCGAAGAAAAGAGACUGGUGCAAGCGCAAAUCAUCGAGGGCAAGGGCAUUGAGAUCAGAUCCGGCAUUUCUGACCUCCUAGUGUUGAAAAGCACUGGCUCAGCCUUCCACCACUUCGUCCGAGAUGAGUUCACCACUCUGCCAGAAGUGUGGGAUCGUAUCCUCAGCACAUCGGUCGAUGCCGGCUGGAAGUGGUCGACAUUCAGUGGUGUUGACGCUGUCAAGCGGGACGUCGCCCUCUUCGACGCAACCUGGGUGAAGGCUAGAGAGAUCACCUUCAAACUGUUCGCCCUGGAGGAAAGCCCGAGUGUGCAGAACACCAUGUACAAGAUGUGUGAGCAGAUCCUCGCUGCUCAACCCGCGGUUGAGGCUGUCGACUACUCUCUGCCAAACAAGCACUACUUCGAAAUCGACCUGAGCUGGCACGGCGGACUCAAGAACACCGGAAAGGACGCCGAAGUGUAUGCACCUCAAUCCGACCCCAACGGCCUGAUCAAGUGUACCGUAACCCGAUAA